CUCUGAAGUGCGCAAUCUCUCUUCUCCUUUCCCCUGCUGUUCUGUCCACCCCUCUCCCUUUCUAGCCUUCCUGCUCCUCUCACACUUCGAAAAUUUGUGUAAGUUUGUCAAUCCAGUAAAUUCUUGUCAACUUGCUACAGAGGUCGAAAUGGCUGACCGCACCGUUCCUCACGCCUACCCAAUGAGUAUGGAUUACGAGAUGUGUUCUCCCCCUCGAAUCUAUGAUCAGAACUUUGCAGAAGCACUGAGUCCCAAGGACCUUUUGGCCCCUGUCCUAUACCAUGGUUAUUACAUCCGUCCCCGCAUCAACAAGCAGCUUGAGCGGGGCUACUCUCAGGUAGAAAGUGAAGAUGACUGGUAUCGAGUUUUGCUGGACGUGUGCCAGUUCACACCGGAUGAGAUCAGUGUGCGAACAGUGGACAACCUUUUGGAGGUCACUGGGCGGCACGCUCAGAGAAUGGACCAGCAUGGCUUUGUGAGUCGUGAGUUUACCCGCACCUAUAUCUUGCCCAUGGGUGUGGAUCCACUGCUGGUGCAGGUGUCUCUCUCACAUGAUGGGAUACUUUGUAUCCAGGCUCCACGAAAAACUGAGGACCUGGAGCCUAAAAUCAAUAAGCUUAAGAUUAAAGUGGACAAGAAGGAAAGCGAAAGUUAAUCAAAUGGACCCACAUGUUAAGCAGGCCCACAUGGAAUCCUGCAGAACUCUGUAGAAAAGUCUAUGGAGUUGCCCGACACUUACGUGCUCAUUUAUUAAAUAUUUUGGAUAUUUUGAAUCAUAUGAAGUUCUCUCACUUCUGUUCUCCCAUAGUUUGUUAAAAUGCAUUCCACAGAAUUCUGCUGAUUCCCAACCAAAAUUAGUGCAGAAAAAGUCUACAGAUUCCUUCUGGGUCUGUAUAUACACUACAGGUCAAAUGUUUGGAAUAAUUAAGAUUUUUAAAAUGUUUUUUUUUUUUUUUUUUUUUUGAAAU